AUGCCACAGGAGGCGAAAACAAGCGAGAAAAAAGAGCUUGUAAAUGUUCAAGGAAGAAUUCAGAAUUUGUCGAGUAGAGUUGGCUUUGCGACGCUCUCUACGGGGCACUGUAAUCCGGGAAACCUAAAUUUCAGUGACAAUGUUUACUUUCGAAAAGAAACGUUGGAAGCUAUUUCUGGGAAAGGGAUAAUCGACUUGCGAAAUAUCUUUACUGUUGGGCAACUAGUCUGGAUUAACGCUGAAAUUGGGCCGGAAGGAUCGCGGUGCAAAUGGAAAGCGACAAAGAUAGAACCAGUGGAAGUAACAACGAUGGAGGAAUCAGUCAUGUGGUCGUAUGAAAACCUGUAUUUCAUACAGAUGCUUGCUGCUACUGGUUCAAAGGAUGUAAGAGAUUUAGUCGCAGCGGUGCAAAAUGCACCAGAGAUCGUCAAGAAGCAAGUAAGGCCAGAAGAAAAGAGCAUCAAAGAAUUCCUGGCGAAGUCUCCCCAACUUUUUAUUGUUGAGAACAACGUCGUCUCCCUUGGUGCAGAUUCGCUCAUCGCUCGAAAAAUGGAAGCAGAAGUCAAGGCUUGUUGCAAAAAAGCGAUAAAGCGGGCUGGGUUCAAGAAGAACUUCCAGAGUAUGACGGGAGUUCUCUCACAGUGCAAAGCAGCCGCUCGGGCGUACAUUGGCGGAAUGGACGGAUUACGGCGAUUCUUCGCGCGUCACGAAAAUACAUUCAGAGUUCAGGACGAGGAACAUGAAGAAGUCAUCAUUCCAGUCGACGAAGAAACAGACUCGAAAUCAUCAGCUGUUGAAGCUGAUGCGAUGGAAUUCCUCACGCGACUUGUUGCUCGACACAACGGAGAAAUGAACCUCGACGACAUCGCCAAUGAGCUGAAGAAGAAUCCGCAAAUUGAGCUUCAAACGAAUAAGUUGCUAACGUUUCUUCAAGAUCACAGUAGCGUGUUUUUACUGAACGGCACGAGCGUUGGUCUCGUGGCCGAAAGGGACGACUCGAUUUACAGCUCGCUGGAAUCGGCGCCGUCUAAUCGAUACUUUUCACGACGGCCGACGGUUGGAGCUGGACGGAUAAUUAGACGCAGAGACAGUUAUGCUAAGUACCAACGACUUUUACGGCGAAAGAGCAGCUCAUUCAAGGGAAAUACUUUCGAGUUUAGCGAUAAUUUCCGAUUCUUGAGAGAUUUUUGGUCCGAUGGAGAAAUCGAAGAUGACUCAACAAGUGGUGUGCAGAGUUUUGAAACAACAAACUUGGGCUUUGGCCUCCUAAACCUUGGUGAUUUGCAUGAAAGUCUGCGCUUCUCGACUCAGUCGCUUCCGGAUACGCUUGAAAACAACCUGAAGAGCCCUGAUGAAGAAGACGAAGAGUACUCGCUCUGUGGCAGCGAUGUUUCUUCACGACCGUAUCGAGAGGAAAUCGAAUCCAAUCUCAAUCCUCGUUUUUCAAUAUCACUGCCGAAUUUGUGCGAUUUGACGCUUCUAGCGCCGGGGCAAGAUCCACGAGCAGACGAAGAUCGAGAGUCUGAUAGAUUUGGACUCAAGCUUAUCGCUUCUAUUGCAUCGAGUACAUCCAACAGCGGCUUCCGAGAGUCCAUGGGUCGAGGAUCUCCACCGAGGCCAAGUCAGCAGCCCGUUUAUGUUUCUGACUGUGCUUCAUCCGAUCAGAGCUCCGGACCAGGUCGAUCUAUGCCUGAGUCUGUUUCGAUCAGGAUUCCUAAACGAUACGAGUUCAGACAAGAUCCAGAUGAGUACUUGAAGCGAACCAGCAAUCAAACUGACGUGACAGUAGUUGCAAAAGGCAUGACUGGUCAUGUGAUGCGCGACUUCGAAGCUCUGACUGAAAUCUUUCCACCGCAAAUAGAAGAAUUCCUCAGAAAUGUUGAAGACGCACAGUACCUGUACAAAAUCGAAAUCGACGCUAAAAAGAUUCGGCUGCGCUUUCAAACUGAUGAAGGUCGAAAAACUGUGGUCACCUCGUACACUGAAAAUCCAUGUGAUAUAUUACAGAACGAAACGAUAAGAAAGUGCGAGAAUUCAAAUCUGGAACAGGGUUGUUUUGACGGGCAGUAUUUCAUUGAAGGAACGCUGCAUGAAAUUUCCUUAUUGGAAAUUGGAAAAGUUGUCGCGCUGACAAUUUCUGUCGUUUUACCAAAAGUGGACAAGGCAAAUCUCAAAAAGGCUGAAGAACUGAUAGCAACGAAGAAAACGAUCAAAACAAUUGACGACGAAAAUUUUUGCCGAAACGUUUGUAGACUUUUAUCAGAAGAUGAAAGCUUGUCAGUUUUCGUUCUUGAUCUCAACGGUCGAAUUUGUGGACAUGGGUCGAUUGCGCACUGGUCGGUUGGAGAUGUCCGCAUGUUUCCGUUCGACAGCGCUGAAGAUCUGAACAGCCAUUUGCAAAAUAUUCUCAAGCACCAUCCAGAUGUAAUUAUCACCGCUGCCCCGCUCACAACCCAAGUCCCAAGCUCCGUUUCUGUCUACCACCUUCUCUAA